AUGCUGGUGUGCCUCGUCGCGGCGCUCGCGCUCGCGCCGCCGCUGGCGCGCGUUCUCCCCGCCACCCGCCGCGUGCCGCUUCCCGUCGUCGCCUCGGCGGCGGCAGGCAAGACGCUCGCCGAGCUCAAGGUCUACGAGCUCAAGGCGGUCUGCAAGGCGAAGGGGCUCAAGGUGAGCGGAAAGAAGGCGGACCUCGUCCGCCGGAUCGAGCUGUCUGCGCAGGGCAUCAUCGACGCGCCAAGGAGAGGGCCGCGCCGCGCGUCGGCCGCUCCAGCCGCGCCGCCGGCCGCCACCGCGUCAGCCGCCACGCCAUCGCCUCCGGCCGCCGCCACGCCAGCGCCGCCGGCCGCCGCGGCGCCGGCAGCAUCGCAGAGGCGGCCUCUGGAUCCACCCGCGGAGCUCGCGACCCGGGCCGCGCCCGUGGACGCGGACGUCCUCAGCGCCGAGGAGGGGUAUGCGGCCGACCGCGCCGCCGAGCGUGUGCGGCGGCGCGGGGAGAGGCGCGCAAAGCUGCAGUCGUACGUCGACGAGGAGUACCUCAAGGUGACGGGCGAGCUGGCGUCGGCGGCGGGCGCGCCGUACGGGCUGCUCACGCAGGUGGAGGCCGUGCGCCUCCUCGACGAGGCUCCGCCCGUCGAGCUGUCGGUCGCGCUUCCCGCCGCCCGGCUGCACAGCGACGCGGCCGCCGCGCGCGGGCGGCGGCUCGGCUGGUGCUCCGGCUUCGACGCGAGCAGCGGCACCGGCACGCUCGUCGACCUCGAGGAGAAGGCGGUCUGGCGGCUCGACCUCGCCUCGCUCGCCGUCUCGAGGGGGGUGCCUCCGGCCGAGCGAGCCCUCUCUGUGGGCGAGUUUGUAGAGUACGAGCCGGCGGCCGCCGCGGAGUUCGCGGCGGGCGGGGCGCCGCCGCCGUGGGUGCAGGGCAUCCUCGGCUGGCCGCUCAUGUGCGAGGCGCGCGCCACCGGCGCCGAGGCGCUGCUCUCCGGCCGCCAAUGA